CAAAAUAGUUUGACUUUAUAACAACUAAAAUUAUGUUUAAAAAUAUUCCGCAUAUAAAUUAUUGAAGCGACAAAAGAAGAAAUUUCCGCCACACAUGAGACGAAUACAUGGAAAUUGAAAGCUGUUGAAUCAUCCUUCGACUUUCCUGUGAUUAAUACGUUUUAAGAUUAUGCAAAAAACUUUUCACAGUCAAAUUCGGAAAUCGGCAAUAUAAGAAAUUACAGUGACACAUGUGAUGAAUACUGUGGCGGAACGUAUAUAAAUGGUUCACCCUAAACAGCGCACGCCGGCGCCGGGCAACUCUGGCCGCGAGACAAUAUAAUACCGUCAUUAUUCCUCACACGGUCACACUGCCAUCCCCCUGCGUCCACCCACUCGUCCAACGUGUUUGUGUGCAGAAUUUCCACGGUUUUAUUUAACCGACUGAAAAUUGGCAAUCCACCGUGCCAAAUAUAGCCCUUGAUUGCUCAACUCCAAGGGAGCAGGACCUCGCCGAAGCAGCCAGUGCGUCAGCGUCAGGAUCAGAAGAUCAGGAGCACCCAGUGGAAAAGUCCUCCUCAUCUCCGUUUUUUUUUGGCUGCCAAAGCGUCGCGUGUGCGGAACUUUCAGCGGUGAAUAAUCUAGGGUUUUUGGUUCUUGGCCAGCGGAGGAGCGUGUUGCAGUCGCAAACGGGAAGAUGGUUAAAGCUAAAAAGGGCAAGAAAGAGAUACUGACCAAAGUCGAAGGCGGUUCCUCGGCGGAUGAAAUCUCCGAUGUGGACAGCGACCAGGUGAGCCUUAACAACAAGAAAAACCAGGCCGCAAAGGUCAACAAAGCUGGUCAGGAUGAUGUCCAAGCGCUGACCAAGGGCGUCAAGAAGCUCAGUGUCAAGGGAAAGGGCAAGGCAGCCAAAAACGAGGACUCCGAUGAAGAGGAGGAGGUGCCCACCAAAGGCAAGGCCUCCAAGAAGUCCGCCUUUGAUCUUUUGAUGGACGACGACGACCAGGAUGAGCCGGCAGCCCCGGAAAGCCAGUCGGAGGAGGAGGAGAAGGUGGUGGCCAAGCCCCAGAAGAACGAGAAGAAGGGCAAGAAGGCCAAGCGCAAGAACAAGGACGACGACGACGAAGAUCUGGACAGAGUUUUGGCCGAACUCCAGGCGGAGUACGCCGGCGAGGCUCCUGCCACUACCGUUGUCUCCCCCGAAGAACUGGCCGAUGAGUUCUCCAAGAAGAAAAAGAACAAGAAGCAGGUCAAGCAAGCUCAACCGGCGGAAAAUGCCGCCGAGGAUGAGGCCAGUGAGGAUGAGGAGGGCGGUGGCACCGUGAAAUCAGCUGCACAGAAGAAGAAGGAAAAGAAGGAGCGCCAGAAGAGGGAGGCUGCCUUGGCCAAGCAGAAGGCAGCCACUGAACCCAAGGCCAAACCUGCAGAGAAACCUGCUCCCGAGCCAGAGCCCCCAGCGCCUGAGGAAAUCCAACCGGAAGCUGGCGAGGAGGAUGAGAAGACCAGCAAGAACAAGAAGAAGGGAAAGAAGGACAAGAAGGCCGAGCCCGAAGAGGAGAAAAAGGACACCAAGAAGAAGGGAAUGUCCGCCGCCAUGGUGGCCGCCAUGCAGGAGCAGCUGAAGAAGCGCAAGGAGGAGGAGGAGCGCCUAGAGCGGGAGGAGGCCGAGCGCAUCCGCCUGGAGGAUGAGCGCGAGGAGGCUCGGCUGGAAGCAGUGCGCCUCGAGGCCGAGAGGAAGGAGAAAAAGAAGCAACGCGAGGCAGAGCGCAAGGCUCGCUUGAAGGCCGAGGGCAAGCUGCUCACCAAGAAGCAGAAGGAGGAUCGGGCCAGGGCACAAGCUUUGCUGGAGUCUCUGAAGGCCCAGGGCCUCGAGAUUCCCGAUCCCAACGAGAAGCGACCCACGCGUCCAGGAACCCGCAUCCGUCCGAACAAAAAGAAGGGUCCCAAGGAAGAGGCCGCCGAGGAGGAGGCCAAGGCGGCGGAGGCCCAGGCGGCUGCCGCUGCCGCCUCUGCGGCUGCCGACCAAAAAGAGGAGGAGGAGGAGGUCAAGGAGAGCUGGGACGCCACCGACAGCGAAGCGGAGGCGGAGCCCGAGGAGGAAUCUUCGCAGGCCACCAACAAUGGCAAGAACGAGGCUGCCGAGGAGGAGGAUGAGAACACGGAGGAUGAUGACGACGAUGAGGACGAAGAUGACAGCGACGAUUCCGAUGAGGAUAGCGAUGACUCCCAGGAAAAGGAAACGGCGCUGGCCAACGAUCCGGAGUCGCGAAGACUCCGCGCGGAGGCCCGAAUCCUGAAGCGUCAGGAGGAGGCGGAAAAGAAGCGCUCGACCGAUGAACUCAGAGCGGGAGUAGUUUGCGUGUUGGGACAUGUGGAUACUGGAAAAACGAAGAUCCUGGACAAGCUUAGACGCACUCACGUGCAGGACUCCGAGGCGGGAGGCAUUACCCAGCAGAUUGGAGCCACUAAUGUGCCCAUCGAAGCCAUCAAGGAGCAGACCAAGUUCGUGAAGGCUUCCGUUGGCUUCGAGCAUCGCCUGCCCGGCCUCCUGAUCAUCGACACACCUGGCCACGAGUCCUUCAGCAACCUGCGCAACCGAGGAUCCUCCCUCUGCGACAUUGCCAUCCUGGUGGUGGACAUCAUGCACGGCCUGGAGCCACAGACCAUCGAGUCCAUUCAGCUGCUCAAGAAGAAGAAGUGCCCGUUCAUCGUGGCCCUCAACAAGAUCGAUCGGUUGUACGACUGGAAGCAGCUGGCCAGGCGGGAUGUGCGGGAUGUGCUGAAGGAGCAGGCGAGCAACACACAGCUGGAGUUCCAGCAGCGCACCAAGGAGGUGAUCCUGCAGUUCGCCGAGCAGGGACUGAACGCAGCCCUCUUCUACGAGAAUACCGAUCCGAAGACGUACAUCUCCCUGGUGCCCACCAGUGCGAUCACCGGCGAGGGCAUGGGCAACCUGCUCUUCAUGAUCGCCGACUUCUGCCAGAACAUGCUGGCCAAGCGGCUGAUGUACUCCGAGGAGCUGCAGGCCACCGUGCUGGAGGUCAAGGCUCUGCCGGGCCUGGGAACCACCAUCGAUGCCAUUCUGAUCAACGGCAAGCUGCGCGAGGGCCAAACCAUGGUCGUGGCCGGCACAGACGGACCCAUCGUCACCCAGAUCCGCUCGCUCCUGAUGCCCCAGCCCAUGAAGGAGUUGCGCGUGAAGAACGCCUACGUGGAGUACAAGGAGGUGAAGGCCGCGCAGGGUGUGAAGAUCGCCGCCAAGGACUUGGAGAAGGCCAUUGCAGGCAUAAACCUGUUGAUUGCCCACAAGCCGGAUGAAGUCGAGAUCUGCACGGAUGAAGUCGCCCGGGAGCUGAAGAGUGCUCUUAGCCACAUUAAACUGGCCCAGACGGGCGUUCAUGUCCAGGCCUCCACGCUGGGUUCGUUGGAGGCUCUUCUCGAGUUCCUGCGCACAUCUAAAAUUCCGUACUCUGCUAUCCGAAUUGGACCCGUAGUAAAACGCGAUGUGAUGAAGGCCUCCACAAUGUUGGAACACGAGGCGCAGUAUGCUACGAUCCUGGCCUUCGACGUGAAGAUCGAGCGGGAAGCGCAGGAAAUGGCCGACUCCCUGGGCGUGAAGAUAUUCCAGGCGGACAUCAUCUACCAUCUCUUCGACAAGUUCACCGCCUACCGCGAGGAGCUCAAGCAGAAGAAGCGCGAGGAGUUCCGCUCGGUAGCCGUCUUCCCCUGCAAACUAAGGAUACUGCCACAGUUCAUAUUCAACAGCCGAGAUCCGAUCGUGAUGGGCGUGAUGGUGGAGAACGGCAUUGUCAAAGUGGGCACUCCGAUUUGCGUGCCCAGCAAGGAGUUUGUGGACAUCGGAAUCGUGACGUCUAUCGAGUCGAAUCACAAGCAACUCGAAUUUGCGCGCAAGGGCCAGGAGAUCUGCAUCAAGAUCGAUCCGAUCCCCGGGGAGUCGCCCAAGAUGUUUGGUCGCCACUUCGAGGCCGAGGACAUGUUGAUCAGCAAGAUCUCUCGACAGAGCAUCGAUGCCUGCAAGGACUACUUCCGCGAGGACCUAAUAAAGGCCGACUGGUCGCUGAUGGUGGAGCUGAAGAAGCUCUUCGAGAUCCUCUAAGCGGCGGACUCGCUUGCCAAACUUCGCAAACGUACAACGGACGAGGGAUCUGCGCUAGAACUAUACUCGUACAUAAUUAAAUACAAACUACAGACUGUGCGCUCGUGGUGUGUCCCCUCGAGUUCUUGAGUUCUGGAGCUCGAGCAAGGACCUUUCUCUUAAGCUUAGUUUCAUUUAUGGUUUACAGCCGAGUCGUCGCAGUCUUCGCAGACGUCGUCGCUUGGAGAACUCUGUUAUAAUGGUUUUAAAUCAAAUUUUUGUAAAACGCUUAUUGCGAACAUCCAUUUUUUGCCUGCGAUUUUGUUAGAGCCAACUUAGAAUAAAAUGCAAAUGUUGUACAACGGA